AUGAAUCGCAGCAAAAGUGUGGGUCGUCGUGACGCGAAGCCACGUGGCGAACGUCGUCAGAAUAAGGUUACGGUAGCGGUGUUGGGUGCGGAGAGAGUCGGAAAAUCUGCAAUGGUUUCGCAGUUUUUAUGGCACAAAUUUGUGGAGGACUACCGGCCAACAGUGGAGGAAUUUAAUUGGAUUGAGUAUGAAAUUGAGGAAGGAAGAGUACUCAUGGUUCAGAUAAUCGACUCAAGCGGGUCCCGUGAUUUCAUAGGAAUGAAAAACCUGUAUAUUGGAACAGCUGACGCUUUUCUUGUAGUCUUCGCUGCAGAUGACGCUUCUUCUCUGGAAGAAGCUCUGACUACAGUUGCAGAUAUUCAUGCAAGAAGAGGGAAAAAUGUUCCUGUACUCCUCGUCGCCAACAAAACUGAUCAACCAUGUCUUUCAUGUUGCUCUUCGAAAUCAGAUAUGGAGUGUUGUGCAUUGAAAGAGGAAGAAGUUAGAGCAUGUUUCCAUGAGAUACUUUUGAGAACACGACCGAAUUUGAAUAUUCAGGGAUUCGAGUUGAGAAAGAGACGCCAAUCAAUGCCAUCAAGUCGUGGAUACAGUGGAGUUGAACCGAAGGAUAUUGAGAAGAUCAAAAGUGCACGGAGACAACAAAAAGAUCAUUGUAUUAUCAGCUAG